AUGUGAGGGUAGUUGCCACGUCACAAUAUCUUACACCUUAAGGACCAUAAUCCUAUAAAUAGAUACACCACAUACUACAUUCAUCCAUACCAACACAUUCAUUCCUCAAUCUCUUCUCCAAAUCCAACCAUCGUUCAAAAAUCACAACAGCUAUAGAUAUGGAAGACUCCAUUCCAAUCAAGAUCGAGGAUAAAACACCAGUUGAUGUAAAGGAAGAGAAGGUUGAGAUAGAAAAAGAUCUUGAGAUUAAAGAAAAGAAGCAUAAGGAUGAUGAAGAUAAAGGUGGAGAUGAUGAAGAUAAAAAGAAAAAGAAGGAUAAGGAGAAGAAAAAGAAGGACAAAACUGGUGUAGAUGAGAAGGAAGGUAAGGAUAAGAAGGACAAGGAGAAGAAGAAAAAGGAAAAAGAUGAGAAAAUUGAUGAUGAAGAUGGUGAUGAAAAGAAGGAUAAGGAGAAAAAGAAAAAGGAAAAGAAGGAUAAGGGAAAAGAAGAUGGAGAAAAAGACAAGGAUGGUGAAGAAAAGAAGAAGGAAAAGAAGAAGGACAAGAAGAAUGAAGAUGAAGAAGAAGUAAGGGAUAUUGAUAUAGAAGAAGAUGAUAAGAAAGAAGGUAAAGAGAAGAAGAAGAAAAAAGAAGACAAGGGAGAGAAGAAGGAGAAGAAGAAGACCAAUGAUCCUAGUAAGCUGAAACAGAAGCUUGAAAAAUUGAAUGCAAAGUUAGAAGCACUUUUGGAAAAGAAGGCAGAUCUAGAAAGGCAGAUUAAAGAAAGUGAAGAUGGAGGUCAUGAAAUUAAUGUGAAGGACAAGGAAUAGAUAUAGCAUGAAGGGUCAUGUAAUGUAAUCAUCAUAUACUAUAAUAUGCAUUAAUACUAUGCUAAUUAUAUAUGUAUGCACUUGGUGAGAGGUUUUGUUUUGAUAUUACAAUCUAACAAAAACUACACUCCAUACUAUCCAUCAAUUUGGUAAAAAAGUACUUCAAAUGCAAUUGGAAACUUCUCAAUUACUCUA